AUGGGUCUUCCCGAUUCUCCUCACUCCUCAAAGGGUGGGCUACCACCUGAUAAGCCCAUUUCAUAUGCAAAUGCUGCCACCUCAUCGCGCGAAAUUGAUCGCCUCAUCUCCUUCAGCAAACAUGAACCGCAACCUUGGGGUCGAGCAAUUAAUCAACACGCUUUAUUAUUUGACCUGACUCAAUUGAAGAUAUCCGAAACAACCUUCCUCACUGCUGCUCGCCAAGCAUAUCCUGCAAAACAUACCUGUGGUAUGGUUUUUCGCAAAGUCAACCGAAAACUACUUGCUGAGGUCGUCUUCACCUCUGAAAAGUAUCGAAAAAGACAUCAUGCCACACCUAUCCAACUACCUGACAACCGCACCUGCGCCGGUAAUCUCCCUAUCCCUGAUGAAUGGGAAGUUGUGAAGAUUCACCUUACCAACAUGCCUAUCCUACCUCGUCAAAUCUUAACUGAAGCAAUCACUAAAUCAACAAGCCAAUACGGCCACAUCUUGGAAUGUGGAAUAUACAUCGACCAUGGCUGGUUUACGGGCUCUGGAUAUGUCUACCUCAAUCGUGCCUCCACUAAUGCUCCACUUGAACCUUCUGCAACAAAAUCCCCUCCGCUACCUCUUGAACAUACUAUUAGCGUCAACCUUAAGAAUUCGGAACAAGAAUGGGUACACAAGAUCCUCAACCAAGAUGCCAUCACUGCCAAACCCUCGGACACCUACGUAAAAAUUGCCCCGCAAAAAACUCUGAUCAUGUAA